CGUCCUCCUCCCCGCGCAGGCGCAGUUGACGCAGGCUCGGGAAGAUGAACGCGCCUCCGGCCUUCGAGUCGUUCCUCCUGUUCGAAGGAGAGAAGAAGAUCAGCAUCAUCAAGGACACCAAGGUGCCCAACGCCUGCCUGUUCACCCUCAACAAGGAGGACCACACGCUGGGCAACACCAUCCGAGCGCAGCUGCUGAAGGAUCCGCAGGUUCUGUUUGCCGGCUACAAGGUUCCUCAUCCUCUGGAACACAAGAUCGUCAUCCGAGUGCAGACCACACCUGACUACAGCCCGCAGGAGGCGUUCACCAACGCCAUCACAGACCUGAUCAGCGAGCUGUCGCUGCUGGAGGAACGCUUCCGCGUCGCCAUCAAGGACAAACAGGAAGGCAUCGAGUGAGGCGGGGCUAUGAUGUCAUUUCCUGUUUGACUCUGAGCUGCAGGACAGAAACUCAGCAUGUUCAUAUUUAUGUUGAAAUAAACUCAUCACGUCUGUUGUCUUUUUUGUAAUGAAUUUUUCCAAUAAAAGAAUUAAUGUUUAAA